AUGGAGCGCCGACAGCAGUUGGAUACAGCCGACUCACCGGGACGCCCCAUACGCAGUCGCACUUCCAACGCCUGUGAUGGCUGCAAGAAGCGCAAGGUGAAAUGCGACGGCAACCAGCCAUGCAGCUACUGCGCCCGGCGUCAGCGGCCGCAUACAUGCAAAUACACGGCUCCGAGUCGGAUCCGUCAGCGUCGGAGCCGGUCCGUAGCCGCAGCGCCGUCUCCCGCUGGCAACGCCCGAGGCCCAUCGCCGCUUCAUCCAGAGGAAAGGAGGGGCACCGGAUCUCAUGGCCGUGACGCGGCGACACCGUCGCCACCCCUGUCGUCCCACGGGCGACCACGACGGUCGUCCGCAAUGAUGGAAUCGGCGGAAGAUGACACCGAGGUGCCGAGGGAGGCCCGGCUGUUGUGCGAUGCGCAGGGGAAGCUGAUCUUUAUCGGCGACUGUGCUCCCCUCUCAUUCUUCCAGUCGGUGCGCCAGCUCGUCAAUAGCCGCGUCGGGCAGACGGCUUUUGCGCCCGAGACGAGCCGGUACUCCGUCCUGGAGAAUGCGCCAUCGUCACAACAGAUAUCAGCGGCGCCGCCGGAUCCUCCCGACGUCAGGGCUGCCCACGUAUCCUCACACGUAGCGAGCUAUGUGUCUGCGACAUCGGGCAUGUUGGACUUGUUUGACAACGAGCCUAGACUGACCGACAACCUGGUGCUCUGGGCUAACCUGCGUGACAAGCCACGUAACCUCACGUCGGCCAUCAACUACCUCAUCCUGGCCAUCGGGUGUCAGACGGACGACGAGCCCACAUCCCAGGUCUACUUUGAGUACGCCAAGGCGCAGGCGUUUGCUAGCCUGAGCGACAGCUUGGGCGUCGAGACGGUGCAGGCUUUCGUGCUGGUGACGGUGUACAUGUUGUGCUCGUGUCAGAUCAACAGCAGCUUCUUGGUAUUUGGUGUGUCCGUGCGGGCCGCCUACUCGAUCGGCGUGCACCGGACCGAGGUGAAUGCGCGGUUCGGACCCGAGAUUCACAGACAGAGGGACCGGCUGUGGAAGAGCCUGCGCGUGAUCGACCUCUUCCUCAGCACAUCCAUGGGCCGUCCACCCGCCACUUCCGACGUCGACUGCACCGUCCCCUAUCGCCACAGCAGCCCCGACAAUGACGGUGGCAGCGAUGGAGGGACGUUUGACCUUCUCAACGCCUCGGUCCAGAUCCUCCUCAUCACAGAGGGCAUCGUGCUCGAAAUCUUCUCCCGCAAGCGCGUCUCCCUCCAGCGCACAGACGGUAUCUCCCUCCGCCUCAGACAGUGGUCUGCCGAUUGGCUCCGGCGCCUCAGCGACGUUGUUUCCCAGCCCUGCCGCCAUCCGAGGCAUGAGGUUGCCGGUGCGUGCCAGGUGCUUUCCUCUUACUACUAUGCCGUCAUGCUUGUAUCCCGCCCCUUUCUCAUGUACGAGGUCUUUCGCCGUCUGGGUGACGGCCCGGCGAAUACCAUGGCGUCAGGGAAAUCAAAGUUGGCCGACGCGUGCAUCGAUGCCGCCAGUCUCAUGGUAGAUCCCAUCAUUGACCUCAUAAAACAAGGCGCUUUGGAUGGUCGCAGGCCCAUAAUCGUAUCAUGGCUAUUCGCCGCUUCGCUAGUCUUGGGCCUCGGCCUCCUCAGCGGCUUCGGUCGCACCUUGGAAAAUCACACGCAAAUGUCCAUCCAAGCCCUCGAGCACUUCGCCCGUACCGAUGCCCACGCCCGACAGUACUCCCUCAUUGCGCAGUCUCUCCUCACCACGGCGCUCGAGCACCUCGAGAAGCGUGAGCUGCAGCAGCGUCUCAAGCGCACUGAGACAUCCAGUCAGCUAUUUGGGCUCAUACCGCAGGGCGGUAGUCGUCGGACGACAAUAGCAGCAUCGCCAGUUCAUCAACGUCAUCAUCAGUCCUCUGUCUUGAGCCCUACGGGGACAACAGAUUCACCCUUUUCUGCACUACCUAGUGAUAGGCCUCCCUUUCUUCUGCACAACCACCAUCAAAAUAUGGCUGCGCGGUUGUCAGAUAUGGAUUCGCCGGCUUAUCUGGGCCUGAAUGAUUCACUUGCAGUUCAGGAUGGUACUUUUUGGAACAUGUACCAAGGCACGAAUGAGGGUGAUGCACUCAAUCUGUUUCCUCUUCUGGAUUCAGGAGGAGCCAUAGAUCUCGCCCAUUACUUGUGA